AUGUACUCACCUUUCGAACUUAUAGAUGGAGAACAGGUGGAUUUGCACAUAUGCUCAUCUAUAAACUCCCCCGAAGGCGUUGCCAUGGCUUACUUUAAAGGUAGUAAAGUCAAGGAGUGCGUUUUACGACCCUGCACGCUACUGCUUUCAGAGUACCGUAUAAUGCUAUGGGUGGACGGUGACCCAAAGUGCACGGUUAAUAUUUCUCUUUUGGCUAUUGAUCGAUGGAGGAUUCAACCGGCAAGCCAACAGGUUGUCAAAGCAUUUGAGAUUAUCCAGAAGAAACAACCACGAACAGUAACGUCGUCGCCACAGUCCUCAUCCGCUUCAGCCCCUUUGAUGCUGACGCUUAAUCUCAAGCAUGUGUGGACUCACCACGUUGUACUUCCGAGAAACCUCAUGAUCAUUCGAAACAUCCAGGCACGUCUCACAGCUUGCGCGAAUACCCUAAGGCUCGAUCAACUCCCCGCCUUCACACUAGAAACCCGUAAGCAGCAGCGUGCGGCGACUGUUCCGGAGCUUGGUGAAGAUAUACAGCUUAAGGAUGACUUUGGAUGGUGUUUGUGGAAUCCUCAGCAAGAAUGGGACCGGCUCCUGUGCAUGAACCCAUCGGAGGCGGUGCCGGACAUCCGAACAGCUGUGGUGGGCAAAGACUUGCGGCCUUGGUUUCGCCACAUUUCGUUGCGCACGAACACAAACAACGAUGAUCCCUCCGACGACAAUGUAGCGACGCUCUACACCUCCUCGCCAACAUACCCUACGGACGUCGUGGAGCCAAUGGAAGUUGGCAGAACCCUGGUUCUAGGUGCCAUGGCUGCACGUUCGAAGGGUCGCUUCCCCGCGCUCUCUUAUGUCCAUCUUGCCACCGGCGCAGCUUUGGCCCGUAGCUCGCAACCACUGUUGCGCUCGCGGCAGCUAUACCUUGAUAUCAUUUUAUGUCAGGCCCUUGUCAACCGAGGCUUCAGCGAAGCUACCCCGGCCUCUGCUCGAACCACGUCUGCUAUGCUGGAGCAACCCACCUUAUUUGCGUCGCCUUCCUCACCUCCUGCUUUCGUACCUCCACCUUCACUCUUUGAGGAGCAUCGAAUUGGUGGGUCCUCGACACAACCGCCGUGCAAUCCUAAUGAUGGCGUUUCCUCAUUUCCUAGUGGUGUUUUGAAGGUAGUGGACUGUCGGUCGUUGCUCAGUGCAAAGGGCAACGCCCAGUUGGGCGGCGGUUAUGAGUCCGGUCCGCAGUACAGUUUCUGCUCCACAGAGUUUUACCACAUUGAAAACGUCAUAAGUGUGAGUAAAUCCUUCGAUAAGCUCCGUGCGCUUGUCUCGUGCUAUCAAGGUGACAACGCCGAGGAGGGCUUCUACAAGUCGCUCCAUGAUACCCAGUGGCUGUCCCAUAUCCAGCGCAUCCUGGUCUGCUCGUCCGAGCUGAGCCAGUCCAUCGCAAAGGGGCAGUCAUGCUUGGUUCACUGCACAGACGGCUGGGACCGCACCGCGCAGUGUUGUGCCACCGCCAUGCUUCUGCUAGAUCCCUUCUACCGCACCACGGCGGGGUUUUGCAUGUUAAUCGAGAAGGAAUUUUGCUCCUUCGGUCACAAAUUUGCAGAGCGCAGCGCGCAUCAACUCCCGGGGCGUACCUCUUUUGCGACUCACUCGGAUGUAGGUGCUUUAGAUCCGGAGACCCGAGAUAACAAUGGGAAACUGGAGGCGUCACCCAUCUUUGUUCAAUUUCUGGACGUAGUGUUCCAGGUGCUGAGGCAGUUUCCUGAUGCCUUUGAGUUCACGAGCCAACUCCUAGAAUACCUAAGUGAAGAGAUCUACUACGGCUUCCAUGGGACAUUUCUUUGCAAUUGCGAACAAGAGCGUGCGCUAGAAGGUGUGCGACUCUGCACACGAUCCAUCUGGACUGACGUUUUGCAGCGUGUACAGUCCGAGAAGCGUGGUGAGUCGCCACUAUGUUUUGUGAACGCACAGUACGACUACGAAACGAGUUGGGCGGGCAUCACCAAGCAAAACCCUGAAUCCGGUAUUAUCAAGCCCAUCUGCAACAGCAGGUAUCUAGUCUUUUGGGACGAACUUUACUUCAAAGCGGACCUCGACAGGUGCGUGAAGCGCGAAAGGGACGUUAAGAAGAAACGCGAACUAACGAGGGUUCUGUCGUGGGGAUCCGAUUUUGACUUCUUCUUGGAUGAGUUUAUCCAAGGGGCUCGCCGCGAGCGUGCAAAUGAAAUCCCGAAGCUGCAGCGAAUGGAAAAGAUCUUUCAAACCUCGGGUCCCAUUACGCAAUCGUCGGCGCAUAGCUCCUGGUGUACAUUUGACCCUGACAUAUGCUUUGGUUGUUUUAAAAACAUUGGCAUCUUUGCGACCGCCGCGCAUUGUGACUCUUGCAAACACAGCUUUUGUAUGGAUUGUGUUGUCCAUGUUUGCGUUGGCUGA